AUGGUGGAGAUGGGACCGUUUGGGCGGAGUACGAUGUUCGCGUCGCUGGAUCUGAUCACGCUCGGGGAACGGAGAGGGAAGGAGGUGCAACGGAUCUUGGGAGCGAUCAAUGGAUUGAUGGAGAAACGGGAGAUUCGACCGGUCAGGCCGAUCACGCCGUUUGGCAUGGGAGACAUUGAGAAGGCAUUUCGCACGAUGCAGACCGGGCAACACGUGGGAAAGAUUGUGAUGGAGGUGAAGAAGGAGGAGGAGGAGGAGGAGGAAAAGAAGGUGAAGGUGCAGCGGGCGGUGCGACCGGUGGUGAUGCUGUCACGUGAGGAGACCUAUCUAAUCGUCGGCGGUGUGGGGGGAAUCGGGCAGUAUCUCGCCCAGCGGCUGGUGGUAGAAGGCGGUGUCCGCCAUCUCCUCCUCCUCUCCCGAUCGGCUGCUUCUGCUUCUGCUUCUACUUCUACUACCACCACCACCACCACCACUGGAACUCCUCCAUGGCUUGCACAUCUACGACAGACCACUGGGGCUACAAUUGUGCUAGUCAGUUGCGACGUCACUAAUGCGACUCUGCUGCAGUCGGUUCUACAGCAACAUGCCUGCCACCUACCGCCCAUCCGCGGCGUCAUUCAAGCCGCCAUGGUGCUGAAGGAUGGAAUCUUUGAGACCAUGACCCGUGAAGACUACCUCGCUGCCAUCAAGCCCAAAGUCCAAGGAUCGUGGAAUUUGCAUACUCUUCUCCCCCCCGACCUUCGCUUCUUUAUUCUUCUCUCCUCCAUCAGUGGGUUCGGUGGCAACGCAGGCCAGGCCAACUACGCUGCUGGGGGAAGUUAUCAGGAUGCAUUGGCCCGCUACCGCGCAAGUCAGGGUCUCCCCGCCGUCUCCAUAGACUUGGGAAUGGUCUCAUCCGUCGGCGUCGUCGCAGAAUCGAAACCCCUCACGCAUCACCUCGAGAAGCUCGGACUACGCGCUGUGUCCGAGCAGGAGGUGUGGGCCUUGGUCGCGUCCGCCAUCCGCCAUCCCGUCCGAACCCCAGAGACUUGUCACAUCGUCACCGGGCUACCAAGGGGUUUGGUCCGGUCGGAGGCUACUGCGGGCUGGAACCGCGAUGCCAGGUUCGCCAUUCUUGAGCAGCAAACCCCCUUUUCUUCUGGUCCUGCAUCUCGUUCCUCACCGGAAGCCGAUCUGAGAGACCAUUUGGCUGCCGCUAUCACUUUGACUGAAGCAAUCUUAGUCAUUGAAAACGCCUUGGUCACGAAAUUGGCCGAAAUGUUCAGUCGCACCCGAGAGGGGAUUGAUCCCUCCUUGCCUCUCGCGCAAUUCGGCGUCGAUUCCUUAGUGGCGGUGGAAUUGCGCAAUUGGUCGGUUGCGACGGUGCAGGCGGAUUGCUCCAUCUUCGAUGUCAUGCAAGCGGUUUCGGUGACCGGGCUCGCAGGGAAGAUGGCGGAGAAGAGUCAGUUUGUCAAGCUGUAG